GUGCUCACAGCAGAUACGACCAUAGUCCCGCUGCAACAUUCGAUUCUGUUCACGCUCAGUACUUCUUCGUCAAAAAAGCAAAGAAGCUGCCAACAGCAUUUGUCGGCUUUGUUUUACAUAUAUUUAUAAAGGAAAAGCACUCACGGUGCUCGCAGACGCCCGUCAUGGCGGAAGCUUUUCUGAGUCAGCAGCCGCACCCGUCGAACCAAACGGCAGAGGCGGGCGCGUCCAUGUCGAAGAUGCGCGUUUCGUGGACCAACAACGGCGUAGACGUUCACGUGCCUCCCAUGCGCUACCUGUGGCGCGGCGUAAACCGCACGUUGGUAGACAACCUCGACAAGGUCUCCGCCAUGUUCUACCCCCUUCCCUUUUCGUGUGUGGUCUUCUGCAUUGCGGGGUCGUGCGUGUAUGUGUGGCGGGUCCCUGCGACGUCAUGGGUGCACACGAACCCCGUGAGCACGUGGCUGCGCUACUUCGACUCUAUUUUGACACCCUUCUCCCGCUAUAUUCCACUGGCGGCGCAGGCACCUGUGUUGUGCGCGAAGGUGUGGGUAGUGGCUCUCGGUGGUGCCGCGGUGCUCCAUCGUUUUGCCCUGCGCCGUUUGCUGCAGUACAAAGGUUGGAUGCUGGAGAAGGACCCGCAGAAACCUUCGUGGAAAACACGGCUGUGGUCCCUGGUGGUGCGCACGUUUUUUACUCGACCCACCAUUCCAAAGACCGGGGUGUACGAGAGCUGCCUCCCCAGCCUGCCCCUUCCCUCCUUGCAGCACACGGUGAACCACUACCUGUCCAGCAUGCGUGCCAUCUACCACCAGAAGGACAGUGACACAAAUGAUUGGCUCGAGCUGCGCCGCUCGGCGGAGUCGUUUCUCCUGAACGAGGGCCCUGCCUUGCAGAAGCACCUGCGGCUGCAGCAUGUGAUGACCGACAACUACAUUGCUGAGUCGUGGAAGCGCAACGUGUUCCUCUCGGCUCGUACGUCCUUGUGCCUGCACUCCAACUUCUACGUGGUCCCCUUCGCGAACCAUGUGCCGACGCACCUGCCAGAGGCUCGCGCCGCCGUCAUAAUUUACCUGCUGACGCAGCUCAAGAGUCGUAUUGAGCGGCGCACUCUGUGUCCGAACUUCGUCGGGCCUCGACACUGCGUCCCUCUAUCGAUGGAUCAAUACGCGAUGGCCUUCAACACCACACGCAUCCCUGGUCGCGAGGUCGACUUCCUCGAGCACCACGAGGAGCGGGAGAAUCAGUACAUCGUCAUUCUGCACCGCGGCCGCGUCUACCAAGUGCCCGUCGUGGACCCGCAGGCGAAGCGGCAGCUCACACCGCACCAGCUGGAGAUCAUUUUUCACCAGCUGCUGCAGGAGGUGGAGGAGGAGGUGAGCACCGGCCGCGACGAGUCCGAGGAAGACGACGCCGAGGACACGCUCGAGACCCUCGGCAAGAAGCGAUCCUACCGCGUCGUGGAGUCGCUCGUGCCGGCCCUGACCACCGCCUCACGCGCGCAGUGGGCCGACGUGCGCACCGCCUUCUUCCUCCACGACUCCAACAACAGCGCCCCGCUGCGUGUGAUUGAGAAGGCGAUGUUUGUCGUGAGCUUUGACGAGCGCUGCGGGUCGCCGACGACCCCCUCCACUACCUCUGCCUCUGUCGAGGAAAAGCGUCUGUCUGCAGACUGCACCCACUACCUCUGCGGGAACGGGUCGAACCUAUGGUGCGACAAGAGCUUCAAUCUGGUGAUCCGCGCCGACGCCCACGUUGGGCUGCACGUGGAGCACUCGUGGUGUGACAUGUCGACAUUCUUGGGGCUCAUGGAGCACGUGUCAGCCCAGGAGGAGGCGGCCGCUUUGUGGUACGACUCCGAGACGGGAAGCGCAAGGAAGCUGCCAGAAGACCAGAAGCGCAAGAAGGCGUUCCAUGCCCCGCAGCUGGACAGUCCUCUCUGCCCAAAGCGGCUGCGCUUCACCAUUUACAAAAAGCUCGCCGACGCGAUUCGUGAGGCGCACACGGAGUUCAUGCUGGAAACCGGGUCGCAGGUCGACCUGCACGUGGUGCGCUACGACGGCUACGGAUGCGAGCUCCCGAAGACGAUGGGCUGCAGUCCAGAUGCGUGGGUGCAGCUGGCCAUCCAGCUCGCCUACUACACCAACCAGGACGCGCAGUUUAGUCAAAUUUACGAAUCAGUGGCGCAGCAUAUGUUUGCGAAGGGACGAACAGAGGCGGUGCGCAGCGUGAGCGAGGCAAGCAGUGCGUUUGUGAAGGCCAUGGUCGCCACCACUGCGGACGACGAGGAGGACGCGCCGUCGCUAGAGCGGAAGCGCGAGCUUCUCAUGGAGGCCUGCUCGCACCACCAGCAUGCUGUUCAGGCGGCCGUGUCGGGUCGGGGCUUUGAUCGGCAUUUGUUUGCCCUCUUCAUGGCAAGUGUGAACAACGCCACGCCGUCAGAUUUCUUGACAGCAGUGCUGCGCAAGACGCAGUGGAAGGUGAGCACGUCGCAGGCGCGUCAGCGGUACUUGAUGGAUCACCUCCACCCUGCCGGUGAGGGAUGCGUGAACCAUGAGACACCCGGGUUUGGGUUUGGGCCGGUCGCGCCGGAUGGCUACGGCAUCUCCUACUGCUACUGCGCAAAUGAGGUCUUGUACCUCACCAUCACAUCGUGCAAGAACUGCGACACCACUUCCGCGCGGACACUCGGCAAUCAGAUUGUCACCGCGUUGGACGCGCUCGGCGAGCUCGUUCGCCCCUCCUAA